AUGAUGCUUGGGAUUAGAUGUCCGCUUUUGCUUAUGCGUGGCAACAGGGAACACCUCAUAAACGGCCAUACAAACAAUUCACCCACUAUCACAACACCCACACCCGGACUCCCUCUCACCUACUUGACUGUCCUAACAAACACCGCACCGACAUUCCGCCAUGCCAUCGUACUUGGGUCUAAUGACCCCCUGACAAAACCUCGCACUUGGCGAGAAAAUACUAGCCAGUUCUCCGUUUACUACACUACUCCCCCGGAAACCUCUCCCGAAUUCAUUGUUUUCUUUGACGCUCUGCUCCAGUCCUUUUUGCCUGGCGAAAUCUUUGGCCUGAACCCUUCCAAUAAAGCUGGUACCCUCUUUGAGCUCCACUUGAGCUCCAAAGAUGUUUGUGCUCGUGCUUGUCGUGUAGGCUUUCGGUACAACAACGAAACUGUUCUUGCCUCCCCUGCCAUUGCUAGCUCAUCCAAAUUGUUUAAGCUGACUUUGUCAAAGCUCCCCCGAUUCCCUCCUCAAGAGUACGCUACCUUGGAUACCAAACUUCGUAAUGCUCUCACGAAAUAUGGCUAUGUGCACGAUAUCUCCAUUAACACGUUGUUUGGGUUUAUGGAUGGAAGUGGACACGCAUAUGUGGAGCGUCCUCCAUAUGAGGAAGGUGCCCUCCUUCCACUUCGCUUUAAAAUGGAUUUCGAUGAUAACACGACGUUCUUGGCCACUUGGCUCAAUAUGGGAGCCCAUUGCGCUCUAUGUCAAACCAUGGGCCAUGACCGCGACAACUGCCCCACUCGACCAAAAGAAACUCGCUCGUGCUAUGGCUGCCAUCAGGUCGGCCAUCUUCGCUCUAAAUGCCCUCGUGCUGCCGAAGUGGACAACUCAUACAAACGGGAUCGCAAGGUUCCUAAACCGCAUGGCCCCCAUCGCACCACUGCCACCCGCAACACCACCAACCGACCCACUGUCACUCACUCUGGCUCACAUAUGAAGAAGACCCUCCCCCCCUCCUUCACCACAGCCAACCCUUAUGCCCUACUUGACCCUUCCCUCUCUUCUGCCGGGUCUCAACACAACCCCGCCAACACCACCAAAGCUGUACCCGCCGAUUCACGCACCAAGAUACCAAAAACACCUCCCCUCCCUUUUGAGGCGAACUUAGUUGAUAGGGAAACACUCCCCGCUGAUGAUCCCACGCUCACCGAUGACGACUUGGCAGAGGUGGAGGCAUACUUUGAGAAAAACUGCGAAGACGACCCUAUGAAGGGUAUUGAAGAAACUAUCCCCCAAUAA